ACGAAGAAAAAGAGGAGCGGCACGGGCUGACAGAUUCGAUGUUCUAGAAUCAAGAGAAGAAGAUUCUGUGCUCCUGCUUUUGUCGACAUAUUUCGUGUGUUUUGUGAGCACGAGUGUUUCAGCAGUGGCCAACUUGGCGGACGAUGGCUACCUACACGACGAGGCGCGAUCCACUGGUCACCUGCCCAUUCAACCCUGCACACCAGGUGAAAAGCGGCCGAUACCAGAUACACAUCACCAAGUGUAAGAAAUCUCAUCCAGGCAUAGAUAUCAACCACUGCCCAUUCUCGGCGGACCAUGUGGUCGAGCCGAGCAAGCUCAUGCACCAUGUCUAUACGUGCCCACUAAAUACCACCGUGGAGCGCUUCCGAACCCAGUCUGAUAAGGACGUGCCCGUCACGGAGCCUGUGGUGGCAGACAGCAGCGGCGAUGCAGCACCGGUCAUCGAACCUGAGGAAAACUGGGAAGAAGAGGUCAGUGAACCCUCCGCGCUGGAGACUAAGCUUCAGCAGCCAGCUGUCCGGCCCAUUUUCACCGACGUUCAGUCCAUGGCUCCGGCGCAGAGGAGGAAGUUCUACGCGUCAUUGCGCCAGAAAGCAACCCAGCCUCCAUCCAGUGAUGCAGAGGCCACAAAGACGAAGCCUGAAAAAGCUGCAGAGGAGCCCAAGGCAGUGACAAAAAGUGACGAACCAGUUGCGUGCAGCCCCGUGCAGCCCCCCGCUGAACCACAGGUUCCUCAGUGCCAGGCUCCCCCACAGCCUGUCAUGCUGCAAGAUGUGAUCGUGUGCUACAGUGAGUGGAGCGACGACGAAGACGGUGAACAGCAGUUUUAUUACAUGGGCGCAGGACGAGGGCAGCCAGACUACAUGUUUUCCACUGACAUGGCGGAGUGGGACGAUGAAGAGGAGAGGGAAAUACAGGCACGGAUGAAGCUGUUGGGCAUCGGGCGUGGCCGAAGGAUCAACUAAGACUGCACAGCUUUGGCUGCACGGGAUUUGUCAGCGGCCGUUCAGAGUUCCAGCGGGAGGUUCAGCCUGCCCACCGGACCAGUGGUGGCAUACCUGGUGGUUGCCCUCACCGCAAAAAUCCGCUGAGAAUAGAAGAUGCUGCUGCUUCAGGUUGGAACAGUGCAUGUUUAGGUGUCUGACUUGGCUGGACGUUUUCUUUUUUCCUUUAGCUUUGCUAUUCUUGGCUAAUAAAGAGUGUUUUAUAAACAGCAAGAAA